CACAAGUAUCUAUUUACGUAAAGAAAUUAAUAUUUAUCAUUUAAUCGACCAGAUAAAUAUUUAAGAAAACUGGAACGGCAGUAGUAGCUCAGUAAUUGUUUUACUGUUAGUAAGCAACCAUGAAGCUGAUAAUUUUUAUGUUCGUUUUCGCAAUCUUUUCUUUUGCUAACGCGAAUGAAAAGCAAGAAGUGGAAUUAUUAAAUCAUGUCGACAAGGAAUUAAUUAAUGAAUUUAUAACACAAGGAUUAAGGAUAAAUGAAGCAGCUGGUAUUACAGCUCAGAUAAACGAAUUCAUGGACAAACUUUUUCCAAACCUUAGCAAAUUUUGCGUAUCCCACAAUUUAGAUCCUGCUCCUCUCAAUGAUAUUAAACAAAAGUUUCUAGCAGCAAGUAUAGCCUUCGAUAAAGGUAAAUUACAUGGAAUAUCAACUUUGACUAGAAAUGGUGAUGUUACAGUCCGCUACCAGAGUAAUAUAAAAACGUUGACGUUUAACGUGCCAAUUAUAUUUUCGGAUCUUAGUUUUACUUACGAUUAUUUAGUUAAAGUGAUAAUAGCAAAAUACUCAGGAGAUUUGAUAGGUGAAAUAGAAAACCUAAAAAUGUAUAUUCAACUGAGUUUCAAUUUAAAUACUUUGACAGCCAAGGUUGACCAAUUAAAAACUACGCACAGUGGGCAAACUUCUUUAAAAAUCCACGGCCAUAUAACUGAUGCAAUCGUCAAUAUUAUGUCUAAGUUUGUAACUACAGUCCUAAAUCCCAUAAUCCAAAAAGUACUUGAGGGACUAGUACAACGUGCUGCCAAUAAUGUUGUCACUAACGUGAACGAUUUAAUUCAUAAUAUUACUCAUCCAAAUGAUACCACCAUGUACAAAUUUUUGCAGUACCCACUCAACUAAUAA